AUGCAAAGAAGCCUUGGGAACGUGAAGAUUUUCGUGGCCUACUUCAACAACGACGGCAAUGCAGAUGAUGACAGUCACGCGUCAUUGCCUUUUACUUGCCCGCAGUCGUGUGUUGACAAGAUUCCUGCAUUCGACGAUGCUGAACUCCAGUUGGCUUUGAAACAGCUUCGGAAUGGUAAGUCUGCAGACGGCGAUGGCUUGGUCUUGGAAAUGUUUAUUCAUGCCGGUGAUGUUUUGAGCCCUUUGCUUUUCAACGCUGGGCUUGAAGCAGCGAUACAAUCUUGGAAAUCCCGCAUCCGUGACUGUGGUAUUCACGUGGGUCACACCGAACGUUUGACGAACAUUCGCUUUGCAGACGACUUGAUGAUUUACAGCAAAUCGUCAUCUGAAUUGGCCUACAUGUUGGAAGUGUUGUCGGAAGAGCUUCUGAAAGUCGGUUUGCAACUCAAUCCGAAGAAAACAAAAAUUUUGACGACAACGGAGCUGGCAUCGCCAAUGUAUUUGGAUGUGCAUGGAGACAUGAUUGCGGUUUUGCACGGCGUGGCCCAAGGCUGUGCCAGCUGGACCGCGGCGGAAAAUGCUCCCCACCAACGUCUCGCCCAGACGGAGGACAUCGGAGGACGCAGCGGCGCAUCUGCCAGCGUCCUCGGUUGGUCGCAUUUGUUUGAGUCUGCCGCGGUGCUGCUUAGGCCAAUGCCGAUUGAUAUGACCCGGCUACCAACCGCCUCCCAGCGCGGACUUACGGUACGCACGCAUGGCGUAGCCUGCAGCCGCACUGGGACCACGCAUGCCAUUUUCGUGGGUGCAGUUGUUUGCGAACUGGAAGUCGGUUGGACCACAAAACUCACGGCAGACGAGGUGCCUGUUUACAACGCCACCGCGCCAUCCAGAAACGACCCUGCUUCUGAUGCCGCUGAUGCGAGCGAGUCACACGGCUGGCCAUUCCCGCUGGAACCUUUUCGCUUCAUUGGGGACCUCGCCCCCUCGAAGUACAAGUAUGUGCCGACGUAUGUGAAGGUAAUCCACAGCGUCCCACAUCUCGUACUCCUCAUCGGCACCGGUGCAGAUUUGGCGCUGCUAGCUCGGAUAUUGAUGGAGUACCGCAACUGGUACAAUGUCACGCAUACCAACCUCGAAAUUUGUGUACUGCUUCUAUGCUUCUCAUAUGGUUUAUUUUGUUUGCAGCAUUUUUUCAAGCACCUGGUUGAGUACAGUGCAGACCUGCAGACCAGAUCUAUCAGACUGCAAGCCAGCAGGAGUCAAGUGUCAGAAACUUUCAACGACACCGUGACGGAGAUGGAUUCCAUGUUGAACAAGUCUGCCGACACCCAGGCUUCGCUCGCAGAGCGGGGUUUAGAUUCUCACAGGCGCGACUUUCACACCUUCCUUCUGAAGGGUAUGGUGCGCAAACUUGCCGUUUCCACGAUUGAAAUUUCGCCAGAGAGUUUCAUAUCCUUCAUUGUGCAGUACCUGGCCAUUUUCGAAGAAUGUGCUGUGGAUCCGAUUCAUGAGCCGUACAUUCUAGCGACACAGGAAGAACUCCGAGCAAAAUGUGCUUCAGCAGCUGAAGUUGCUGAGCUUGUUGGGAACCGUGCGAAGGCAAAAGAAGUAAGGUUUCUUGGCAACCACGUCGAGGAAGCAAAGAAAAAAGCUUCGGGAUUGCGUCAAAAAUGGAAGAAGGUCACGCAUGUGCCGAGAAAGGUUCUUCGUUUGACUGGCCUGGGGCGAUGGGUCAAGCGAAGGAAGAACCCGAAGACAGGAGAUGAAGAAGACGGAUCGUUUGGAACCUUUUCGCACGACGGCAUCGCAGAACCUCGUGAGCUGAAGUGGUUCCGAAUUGACAUUGGAUGUGGGAUCGGUAUUGAGACAGCAGGAGAUGAAGAGGAAGGGUCUUUUCCAGUUCAAAUCCACGGCCUCUUGUUUUCCUGCACGGUUCUGUCGCCUGAACAUGUCCAGUUGUUGGUGAGCAUUGUCACUGGAAUACCAUUGCUCAUUCUGAGCUGCGUGGCGGUGAGUGAGUAUUCUCGAGCUCUCACGUGCUCCAUCGCAGUCGCAUUGCUGUGCACAUCUUUCGUGUUGUAUGACUUCCUAGAAAUCGAUGCAGUGCAGAGAAUGGAGAUCCAGAUUCAGGAGAUGCAAGCUGCUGUGGCCAUGGUUCAACAAAGACGCGAAAGGAUGCUUGAGUUCUUCGGAAAACUUCAUCAGCUUGCGGAUUUAUGGCUCUAUCGCACCUUGCCACGCUUGGAGUUCAUGAAGCUGCUGAGUGAGUCGCUUCAAGACGCAGAAGAUGCCGACAUGGCGAAGCACUUGCAAGACAUAGUCGCGAAGGUGGGAAUUCUGGAAGACUCCCUCAUGCCGCUUUCAGCAUGGGAAUCCGACCAACUGUCUCGGGAAACAAAGAAAGGGCUUGCAGACAGCAUCACAAGGCUUACCAGAAGCUCGGCAAAUGAUGCCUUAGAGCAGGUGCCGACGUUAUCGAAGGAGAUGUCUGAAAUCAAGAUCCGUCUCCUUGCCGCACCGCCGCCGGGAGCGGACGCUUGA